AUGAUGUUGCAAAACAGAGGUUACUCGCUUGUUCUCUAUGACGCAGACGUUUCUGCCGGGAGCAAGACCAAGGAUACUCAAGACUACCUGAGCCGGUCCGUCAUAGAGAAUAAAAAGAACUUCUUCUUCGUUAUGUGGGACUAUGCGGAAAUCAGUAAUGGUUUUUCCUGUCCAACCGACUUUUCGAAGUGUUGCUUAAAUGGACAGCCAUACGAUGGCAAAGGCGUCAGAUUUCUUUCCGUGACGCCGUACGGCGAAUCCUUCUCGACUAAACUCAUCCAAGAAGCCAGCAGACCUAACGGCCAGCUGCCCAAAAGUGUCCUCCAAGGCAUGUUUCUGCUCAAACCUGAGUCUAUGGCCUAUCUCCGGGGCGAGUUCAGUAACUUGUUCAACACGGAAUGGAAAAUCGGUCCCGAUGACGCUACGAAAUCCACUAUCCUCGUCGUGGAUCGAGACACGGGAUGCCAGCCUGAAGGCGUCUAUCCAGAGCUUGACACGGGAAAUGGCAUUUUCCUGGUUCGUGACAUUGUGAAGGAGAUGGCGGCCAAACACACAGGCCAGAGCACGCUGAAAGUCAUCUCGUGCGGAUACAACGACGAAAGCUCAGUAACCGGCAUCGGGCAGUACUGGACCAAGCUCCCACCGGUGGACCUGAUACCAAACCUCGACAAGAGCCAGCCCGUCACCAAGAGGGACGUCCAGGCGUACUUUCUGUACUGGGCCUCCCAGGAGAACAAGACUGAGCGGUACUUCCAAAUGGUCGUGGGUCUCCGGAGCGGUGUCAUGGAUCUCUUCACUUUCAUGGGCAUCCCGACCGUGUCCAUCGGACUGCGCAACAUGGUGGGAGAAUCAAGGCACAGGAGACUGUCAGGGACGAAUUUCAAGCGUGUGAACGUCCAGUACGACGGGCCGCGUCAUCCAACCACCGCCUACAUCCAGGACAGGUACGACUCCAAGGAAGUUUUGCUCAACUCCCCGUUCUGGCUUGGGGACGCCCCCGGAAGCCCCUUCCCAGAGCGGGGCUUCCUCGGCGACGACGAAAGAAUCCAGCAGAAGGUGUCGCCCCUGCAGCCCUUUGGCGACUUUGACGCGUUUGUCCUCAAGGUCGGUGUGAGGCUUGCUUGCCAGACGUACUUGAACUGGGGCCCCACGGUCAAGACGGCCAGGAAGUAUAUCCCUCAAGUCGUGACCACGAGUGAUGCCAGAUUUUGCUACCUGGCCGAGGAGAGUGGCACAACUGUGAAGCAACGGCUACUGAGGCGGAGGUCAGCCGACGAAAGGGCCAUCGACAGCAUGAGGGCUCAGCUCAGCAACCCGAAGACAACACUUCAACUGUCGGAUGCCCUGUUUGAUGAAUUCUACCAGGCGCAAUUUAUAGAGGACUGGCGUCGUAUCCGACGAUAUAGGUAUUAG